AUGACGCCGAGCGAGAAAUUUGUGGCUAACACGUUCGUCCUCGUCGUGCUCUCUCUGCUGGCUUGGGCGCUUUUUUACUUCCCGUCACUACUCUACGCCAAAGUCUUCCGCCUCCUGUGGCUCCUGACCGGCCAGAGCGGCGAGCAAAUGGGUGCAACUCUGGGCAUCCUGGGUGAGCAUGAAAACUCAUCCUGUCCUGUGUGA